AUGUCCGACGAAAUUACUCAACGAAUCAGUGAAAUCAACUCGCAUUACGAAAACUAUGGUAUUGGAGGACUAGCUCAAGCUUAUGAGGAAUUCAAGAAGGAAGUGGCUCGUGCUGAGGCUGCAGCUUACAAAGGAGAGGCUGGAAGACUUGUUUUAGAGCGAAUCAAAGACUUAGAGAAGCUUUUUGCGACGGUCACUGGCAACGAAGUUAAGGAGCUCUCGAUGUUUAUGAAAGAUUCUGAGGCAUUGAAGCGAACGGCGGAGUUUGCAUCAUUGAACGCAGAACAUCUACGUUUUGGUGACUUGGGAGGCGCUCUCACUCAGAAAGAGUUGGUGACGGCGUUGAAGAACUUCAUGAAUCCGGAUUCAGUGUACUUACAAGGCCAGCAGACUGAGACACAAGGUUCUGGCCAAGAAAAUGCCACGGAGACGUUCAAUUCAUUCAACUGGGAGAAGCUAGGUGCUCAGUUCUAUCUGCAUUCAAAAACGGUGGUUCCGUCAUACUUUUUAUAUGGACCAUUGGCUACUAAACGCAGAAAGCAAGCUCCUCGAGCCAGAACCGUGGACGAUACGGUUUCUAGAGACAAAACUACGGCCCAGAAGGUGUCGACGACAGAUAUCCAGGAAGAUCCGGAGCAGAGCACCUCACAUAUGGUGAGAACGGUGUACGGGGUAUUGAAUGAUGCAGACGACGAGAAGGUCAACUUAUUCAAGUUCUUCAUCAAUCCAAAGUCGUUUGCGCAAUCGGUAGAGAAUUUGUUCUACACUAGUUUCCUAGUUCGAGAUGGAAAGGUGAAAAUUGACGUGGAUGAACUGGGGGUUCCUUAUGUCGAAAUUCCCGAUGAGAGCACCGACGUGGAGGUAGAGUCUGCUCCUGUUUCCCACCAUAUAGCUACGUUUGAUGUCCCAACGUGGAGGGCCCUUAUUGAGCGCUUCAAAAUCACGGAACUGCUUAUACCACACCGAGAUAUAGAGGAGGACACAUUUGAGGAAUGA